AAAACCAAGUURCUGACACUCUAAAACUUCCACCAUGGCGGUGUCCUGUCGAAGUCUACCCGGGGGUCGACGCUCCAUCAUUGGCCAGACAUUGAUCUUCGCCUCGUUGACUUUACUCUUCUCUUGGUCKUGCCCGGCUCUAGGCAAGAAGAAGCUCUACAUCGGUGCCCUCUUCCCGAUGAGCGGAGGCUGGCCCGGGGGCCAAGCAUGCCUCCCUUCCGCUCAGAUGGCCCUCGACCUGGUGAACAAGAGAACGGAUAUACUGCCGGAGUACGAACUGGAACUGAUCCACUACGAUAGCAUGUGUGAUCCAGGUGAAGCCACCAAGCUCCUGUAUGACCUGCUCUACACUGAGCCCAUCAAGAUGUCCUGA